ACGAUGCAGACUAAAGGACCGAGUUGCUGUGGGAGGAAAAGAUGGCGCUGCCCAUGUUAAGAGGUUGCUACUGUAGCAGGACGCCUUCAGUACUGAUUCGUUUCUUGAAACCUGAUCACGUUGUGCAGCCCCAGUCCAACAAGACUACUCGCCUGGCUCCAACUUUGUCCGUUGGUGUCGUGUCCACAGUCCGACCUUACAGCUCUGAUCGAGGUGGAGGUAAACAAAACCAGAAGGUGGUUGUGGUUGGCAUCCCCAACCCUUUCAUAUGGUUUCGAACCCGAAUAUACUAUUUUUUGAUUCGGGUUUAUUUUGACAAGGAAUUCAAAAUCGAAGAAUUCACAGAGGGAUCGAAGCAGGCAUUCUCCCAUGUUUCAAGACUGUUGUCAGGGAGUCAAUUUGAGUCUCUUGAAGGUCUGGUUGCUAAAGAUCUGAUUGCAAAACUGGAAGAGAAAUGUGCUCUGCUCCCUCCCAGCCACCUGCAAGCGCUUUCUGCAGAUCCGGAAGACUUGAUGUACACAACACCAGGGGAUGUUGGCAUCUAUUAUGAUGAUGAUGGGCGGAAGUUUGUCAGUAUUCUGAUGCGGUACUGGUAUCUAACAAGUGCCCGGUUGCCUGAGGAAUCAUUGGAGGGAACACGCAUCUUUCAGGUGGCCAUAGGUGGUGAGGGUGAGCCGGAGACUAAGAGACUGCUCACAGCGAACUAUGAAUUCCAAAGGGAGUUUACUAAGGGGGUGCCGCCGGACUGGACCAUCACCAGGAUAGAGCACUCCAAGCUGCUGGAUUAAACUGGGAUUGUGAAUGGAAAUUAUAGGGGGAGAUGGAGAGUGGUAGAGAGGCCGAGAAUGGAAGACCAUCCUUCCUCCUGACCCUACAAGAAUAUCCCCCUAACUGCUAAAAUCUUGAGAUGCUCUCAAAGAUAGCUCUCAAACUCAAGACCAGAAAAGACAUGGGGAAUAUUCGGGGCAAACUUUCUAUCAUAAUUGUACUACUAUACGGAAGUCUGUGUAAGACCAGGUUGCUGAGUUUUUUUGCCCUUGUCUCAGGCAGCACCGCAAUCAGUGGUCAAAACUAGGCUUUGUCAGUUCUGCCUCUAAGGUCUGAGAUUCAUUAUUUUGUUUAAUGGGGAGGGUAGACAAGGGGCAUACAGACAGUGUGAAGAAACAGAAUGAGCUCUGUAUUGAGAUUCUGUCUUCGAUCUGCUGCUGCCCCGCUUUGGUGUCUUGAAGUAGAGCGUGCACACAGACUGAAGAAAAUGUCACACUUUAAUGUUUAGGAUUCAGAUGUAAAAAAAAUUAGGAUGAUAAUUCAAGCAUGCCCUGAGCAAAUUUUUCUCAAACCUCAUUGUACUCCUGCAUUUACACACUCAAUAGUUAUGUAGAGAGGAUGAAUUCCAACUAUGCCAUAAAAAUUACUAUAGCUACUGUU